GUCUUCUUAGGACCCGCGACUGUCGAGUCUCAUCAGUUGUGUUGCCUCCGAGACGAAGGGGCGAGAGCGACCUUUGGAGAGCCUCUCCUGGAGGAAAGGUGAGCUCCAAGGAGAGCUGCAAAAAUGUACGUCGCUCUGAAAAGCGGCCUCGCCGGCAAGUUACUACCUUCUGUUGGAACAACCGCCAAGGAGUUAUGUAAGAUUCUUCCACAAAGGGGAAUCAAUAAAAUUCAAGUGGCAGGAUUAACCAGGAUCAAGUACAGAGAUGAAAGUGAAACUCGCAACAUCAAGCCUUUUCCUUAUCAUCUGAGAAAUUAUACCUGGAGGGAUCAUCUUUUACUUGACGUGUGGAACGGAUGCAGAGUCCAGAAACAUACAAAGUUGAUUGCCAUAGACGGCCCCGUGGCUUGUGGAAAGGAAAAAUUUGCCAAAAAACUGGCUGAAGAAUUAGAUUUUUUAUAUCUGCCACAACCAACAUUUGACGAUUUAUACAUUACUCAUUGGGGUUUUGAUGCCAGAACACUUGAUGCUAAACUGCCAAAGGGUGCUCAGACAUGGGACAUUGAACGAUUCUGCCAAGAGCCUUAUGACAUACACUCUGGCAUGAUGCAGGUUUAUAUGUAUUUUUUAAGACAGGUGACAUACAUUAAAAUUUUGAAGCAUAUUUUCUGCACUGGCCAAGGUGUUGUUACUGUGAGAACUCCCUGGUCCGAUGCUGUCUUUGCCAAGGCUAUGUACAAAAGCAAAUAUAUCCCUAAAAGAGUUUUAAAUGCACAUAAGGAUAUUUGUAGCGUUUCAUUGCCCAACUAUUUAAAACCUCAUCUAAUUAUUUAUUUGGAUGUUCCAAUUGAAAAGACCAUGGAAAACAUUAAUAAAAAUGGACAACCAUUUGAAAAAAAUGCAAAAGCCUUCUCAGAACAGUAUUUGACCGAGAUUGAUAAUGCCUACAAGAGAGAAUAUUUGCCUUUUCUGGAUGACUACUCUCUGUUACUUUGCUAUGAUUGGACAGAAGAAGGAGAUUUUGAACUUGUGAUGGAAGACAUUGAGGAUCUGGAUUUUGAAAGAUAUUCAAAUCAUGAAACAAAGUUGGCUGAUUGGCGUCUUGAAAGAGGUGUCUGGAGAUAUUAUUGCAGAAUAUUUUCUAGCAAUGAUCACAUAAUUCUCAGGAACAUGGAUAUUAUGAGAUUCGAUGUGCCUGAAUUGGGUAUCACUGGUGAAGAUACCAAAGCCUGGACAGAAGCUUGGCGAGAGGUUGCAGACUCUAAAUAUUCUCCAGGGUAUAACAUACUAAAAGGUGAAAAAAAUUUAUUAUUCAAAACAGGCAUGCAAAACUUUGGAAAAGAUUAUGUAACACCUUUGAUGGAAAAGUACUAUGAGCGAAAAAAGAGAGAAGAAGGAAAUAAAAGACACUCACAUGCAAUCAGUUAAGAGAAAUCUGGAGAACAGUUAUCGUUAGAAAACAAUUCUUUAAAAAUUUAAUAAUAAAUGUACACCGACAGUAAAAUAGUGCUAAGCACAUUAAAAUAAACCAAACUCUGUAAUUACAUGCAUU